AUGGCGGAGCUCGGCAAGAAGUACUGCGUGUACUGCCUGGCCGAGGUGAGCCCGCUGCGCUUCCGCUGCACCGAGUGCCAGGACAUCGAGCUGUGCCCCGAGUGCUUCUCCGCCGGCGCGGAGAUCGGCCACCACCGCCGCUACCACGGCUACCAGCUGGUGGACGGCGGGCGCUUCACGCUCUGGGGGCCCGAGGCCGAGGGCGGCUGGACCAGCCGCGAGAAGCAGCUGCUGCUGGAUGCCAUCGAGCAGUUCGGCUUCGGGAACUGGGAGGACAUGGCAGCCCACGUCGGCGCUUCCCGGACCCCCCAGGAAGUGAUGGAGCAUUACGUAAGCAUACAUCUGGUGGCCGAGCAGCAGCAGCUGGGCUACAUGCCGCUGCGGGAUGACUACGAGAUCGAGUACGACCAGGACGCCGAGACGCUCAUCAGCGGGCUCUCGGUCAACUACGACGACGACGACGUGGAGAUCGAGCUGAAGCGCGCGCACGUGGACAUGUACGUGCGCAAGCUCCGUGAGCGGCAGCGGCGCAAGAACAUCGCGCGUGACUACAACCUGGUGCCCGCCUUCCUGGGCAAGGACAAGAAGGAGAAGGGGCGGGCGGCGCGGCGCAAGGUCACCAAGGAGGAGAAGGAGCUGCGGCUCAAGCUGCGGCCGCUCUACCAGUUCAUGUCGUGCAAGGAGUUCGAUGACCUGUUUGAGAACAUGCACAAGGAGAAGAUGCUGCGCGCGAAGAUCCGCGAGCUGCAGCGCUACCGGCGCAACGGCAUCACCAAGAUGGAAGAGUCGGCGGAGUACGAGGCGGCCCGGCACAAGCGCGAGAAGCGCAAGGAGAACAAGGCGGCUGCGGCUGCUGCCGCGGCAGCAGGGGGCGCCAAGCGCGGCAAGGAGGACGGCCGGGACGGUGAGUUCUCGGCCAUCGAGCACCUGCCAGGCUUCGAGCUCCUGUCGGACCGCGAGAAGGUGCUGUGCAGCUCGCUGAACCUGAGCCCCGCGCGCUACGUGACCGUGAAGACCAUCAUCAUCAAGGACAGAAGCGCCCUGCAGAAGCGCCAGGGCAUCCCCUCCAAGAGCCGCCUGCCCAGCUACCUGGACAAAGUCCUCAAGAAGAGGAUCCUGAGCUUCCUCACCGAGAGCGGGUGGAUAUCCAGGGACGCCUCCUGA